CGUUAGUUCGUUGGCUGUGUUGAACCGUACUAGCAGUGGAUCAAAUCCACUUUAAUAAUUAUAGAAAAUAAGUACUGUAAAAAUGAAAUUUAGUGAAAGGAUUAAUAACUACAAUAAUAAUGCCAUAUUCAGUUGCUGUAAAGAGAAGUGCAGUCUUAGUCCGCCCGGGACAAAAGGAUGUUUAUUUGAUUCGGAAACCUUGACACUGGAGGAGUUUGCAAUAUGGAAGGAACUCAAAGAAUUGAUGUGCCUUACCCGACCCCCUAUGUACCCUUUCUCUGCUGGCCAGUACCCUUACCCCAUGCUCAGUCCAGAAAUGUCACAGGUGGCGAGUUGGCACACACCAUCGGUGUACCCCCUCGGCCCCGGCGCGGCAGGCAGCUUCCGCGCGGCGGCCGCAGCGGCUGCGGCGGCGGCAGCAUCGUAUCCUGCGGGAUCUCUUCCUGGUCUGUCAUCCGCGGCGGCCGAUUUCUACCGAUUCUCUCCGACGGCCGCCGGACUGAUACAACCUCAUCCCGGUCUGUCUCCUCACCCCCCGCCUCCACACCAUCCCCAUUCGCACGCCCAUCACCAUAUUGGUGGGGGGCCCGGAGGAGGACAUCCGGCCAUCGUCACACCUGGGCCCAAACAGGAACUGCAUCCGGAUCUCAAUCACAGGUCGCAGCUGGAUAGUAAAAACAACCUGGACGGUGGAGGUGGAAAGAAUUCUCAGGAGAGCAACGAGAAGAAAAAGCCGCAUAUCAAGAAGCCCUUGAACGCAUUCAUGUUGUACAUGAAAGAAAUGAGGGCGAAAGUUGUGGCGGAAUGUACGUUGAAGGAGAGUGCUGCUAUCAACCAGAUACUGGGCAGGCGGUGGCACUCUUUGAGUCGCGAGGAGCAGGCCAAGUAUUACGAGAAGGCGCGCCAGGAAAGGCAACUGCACAUGCAGCUGUACCCGGGCUGGAGCGCCCGUGACAAUUACGGUUAUGGCACCAAGAAGAAGAAGCGAAAGAAAGAACGAACUCCGAUCGAGUCGGGAGGUAAUAGUAUGAAGAAGUGUAGAGCGAGGUACGGUUUAGACCAGCAAAGCCAAUGGUGUAAACCUUGCAGACGAAAGAAGAAGUGCAUACGCUACCUGGAACCAGGCGACAGCGGUAACCAGUCGGACGAUAACUUAGGCAGCUGCGGCAGCAUGGGCGAAGAGGCGCACACGCCACCUGACGACGACACGGAGAGUCUCAACAAUCAGUCGAUGUCGUCGCCAUUGAGCAGUUUGACUAGUCCUGGUGGUAUCGUGCUGCCCAGUCCCAGCACGAGUGCCGCCAGUCCGUCAGUCAGCGUGGCUAGUCCGUACAUGCUGCAAAGCCCACUCACCCCACAUGAGUCUGCAUUUGACGUUAAGCUGCCGUUGCCACCUCCGCCGCAUUCUGUGGUGACGUCGCACUGCGGCCCCCCACCCGUGGUCAGUUCCGCGGUAACGGCCGCCGCUGUGGUUGCCGCGAACCGCAACCCGGUGGGCACCAACCCCCAUGACGUGAACAACCCCUUAAGCGUGAAUCAGCUGACGGGUCAGUGCGUCAGGAGCGAGCCCCAAGACCAAGGGGGCGGUAAGGAGGCGGCGGCUAGGUCGAUCAUCAGCGUCACGUAGCCCUCACUACCUCUGACCGCCCCCAAGUUGAUCUCCACUUCGUUGUCGUCGCUGUCGGACAGCGCUUCCCGCAACACAAUCAGGGAGGCGCCCAUACUAUGUAACAUAAAUGUCAUUUGCCAAAAUCACCUCGUCGUAGGGUCGGAUAAUAUGUUAGUAUGUCGACAUUUUUUCUUCGUUGUUGUACGUACCAAGGGCGCGUGGUUUGGGGAUUUUCGUGGUCGACAGAUGUGGCAUGUUUUCGAUAGAGGAAAACAAAUUAUACAGAUUAAAUUCGUCUUCACAUUGCACCGAGCAAUCAUAACACUUGCUACUUACUGUACAAUUUUUUGGGAGUCAAGAAAUAAAAAUCUGCAUUUUCGGGCUUUUCUAUUUCGUGAGCCAUCAGAAUUUUAUUGGGAAAAUUCUCCCAAGUGGGCCUAUAUUGAUCAGUUCAGAUGAUGCUCUCAGUAGCGAUGUCGUCAUUGCCAGCUGUUAAAUCCAAACUCGCCGCCAUCAGAACAAUUUUUUUCUUUGUUGUGCACAUAUUCUCCGAUGUCAGACUUAGAAGAUUGGCCUAUGCCUGGGCUAGCACUGUAGCCUUAUUACUUCCUUUCGUUAUAGCUUCUCAUGAGAAAUCGUUCCUAGCAGCAAUGAAUCAAGAAUAUAUACGUAAAUCAUUGCGUAAAAAAACAUUUUGUUUCCGUUGGGCUCAAGCUUAAGCAAGAGUUUUCGCCCAAACAUAUCUUGUUCAAUUAAGAGAAGAAAUCUUUCAUCACGACGUGUAGUCGCGUCUUUGAUUUGAUCCAGAAAGUGACGGACAACAUAUUUAAGUACAAAAAUAAGUGCUAUGGAUGGAUAUUUCAUGGUUCCCAAAUAAUAACUAUUUGUGUAAGAAACGGGGUUUGAUAUUUCUUGUAGACGAAUAUUUCACCUUCUUUCAGUGCUAUAAGCAAAACGUUUGAAGAAAAAAUGUAGUACGCAAUCCCUCCAUUUUUGUUUUAUCUUUACCACAAGUCUAACUAUUAACUUGCUGCACUGCUUAAAAGCAAUGUGUCAUCCUUGCAGACCUGCGCGCAGGUGUAAAAAUUGGCCAUACUAUCAAGCGAGGAUCUGGACAGCUCCUAAGUGUUGCAGCAAGUAAACGUUCUCUAUAUAGAAAAAUAUUUUUGACAAAAACUGGAUUGUUCACACAACAACUUCUAUUCAAAAAUGGCUACAUAUCGUCGAAAGAUUAUGAGAUUUGACUUGAAAAUUCUAACAUUCAUUUUUUAAACGAUGCAUUGUUAUUUGUUAACUAAGGAAGAUAUUGAAGACGUCAGGUAUACACAUUUGCAGAACUCUUUUGUGUACUUAAAAUUCUAUCUAGCACUCAUUUGCUAAUAUCAAAAAUGCAACUAUUUUUCGAGAUACAAAAUUUCGUCACACACUUGAAGAAGAUGGUGCUGGUCAAAGACACGGAUUUCCAUUUGAAGCGCUGACGAUAACGAAUUUAAGAUAUAAUUCUAAACCGAUCUGACCGGGUAGUUGCUGUUUCAGUAAGGGAGAUAAGAUAUAAAGAUAUUUUUUGGAUAUUGUGAUUCGAGAUAUUUUUUCAUAAUUUUGAGAACAAUAAUGGAAGUCUGAAAGAAUUAACACUAACCCAAAAUAGAUGUCAGUACUAUUGUGCUGGUUACAGGAAUUUAAAUCAAAUGAAGAAUUACACAAAUCGAUUGCUGAUAAUUCGUUCAUUUUGUAUUUGAAUUACUGAAACUCGCACAGCAGUGUUGAUUAAGUUAAUAUCUAGUAUUAAAACCAAAAUGUUUAGCAUAACGAAACGUUAGAACGAAUAACGUACUUAAAACUAAGCUCACAUCGAUGUCCUCCACGUUGCUUCGUGGCAACAAUAUGCUUUUUACAGAAAACAAGUCAUGCUACAAGUACUGACCAGGAUUUUAUGCACCGGAUCGAAUUGACAAAUAAUUUUAUAUAUUGAACUUACAUUUUGACUAACUUCCAAUGUUUUAUCCGCUGGACCGAUAUUUAUGUCAUGGAUCGUUUCCUGUUCGAUGAUGCAAUUUUGCCACGUUGCUGAAGUUGAAUUUUGUGAGAAUGCGCACAUAUUAUUUUUGGACUACUUGAAAUAGUUAAUUUACCUUAAAGCGUCAUUAUAUAACUUCUAUUCACCUCAAAGCAUAUCUCGCUAGGUUUGUAUAAGACUUUAGUUUCAAUAUUUCUCUCUACCGCCCAAAUCAAAAGUAAAAUAUCAAUAUAUAUAAAAAAAUGAUGAAUCAUGCCACAUGCAGCGACUGAAGAGAGACCAAACCAAGUGCCUAUGAUAUGAAGAAAAAAUCGUCGAUUCAUAAAAUAAAUGAAUAUAUAUUUUAAAUAUCCGAUUUUAUAUUUUGUAGUUAUUUAUAUGAAGAAUGGAAAUUAAAAGGUAUGAUUGUCGAUGAGAAAGGAUAAAAUUGUGAUUUUUGUAGAGAUAUAUACGCUACAAGACAAUUGAUAUUACGUAGGACAUUUAGUUUUUAUUUUUUUAUUUUUGUUAUUUAUAUUUUUUUGGAAAAACACAAUUUUAUUGUUUCAUUUCGUUCAAAUAUUUUUUGGUUUCUACAUUUAGUUGGUGUGACUAUUUAUAACCGUACUUAAAACAAAACUAUCUUUUAUUUUUUCAACUCAAUCGAGUCCACAAUAAUGGAACAAAGUACAAAUACUUGCCAUUCGAACUAUACAUAUUUCUUUAAGUUUCGUUUUACUUUCACAUGUAGUCGCACCAGUCAAAUGAACUGUAACAUAACGGAGUGUUUUAAAUUACGACAAAUAAUAUAAAAAAAACGUAAUGGGUUAAACUAAACGGCGAGUAGAAAGCUAAGAAAAUCAAUAAUACAUUUUGGCUUCCGUGCCGAAUAUGCAUUUUUGGAAAAUAAAUCUUUUUACAGUACUUCAAUAUUUUGAAGCCUAAUCAAACAAUUUAGUUACCUCCCACAUCACAUCGGUGCGGCGUGGUUUGAAACACCCUAAAUGUCAUUUUGUCGUUCCUUGUGCCACAUUUUCUAAUGUCAGUUUUACCAACUGAUCGUAUGUAUAAUGAAUUUUUAUAGAAAUAUUUUUCUCUGUUCGUGCGUUAUGAGUAUUUUUCAUAUCGCGACCAUGGACCUCUAGGUAACUCUAGAAUCGAAAAGUUGAUUUUUAUAUUUGAAAACAUUAGAAAAGAACCGAAUACUUUUUAUUAUUGAUUAUUUUGGUGACUUUAUUGAUUUUGUUUAAGACUGGUUAUUUUGCGGGACAAAGGUUGAGAUAUGAAUGAUAUCCUUUACUCAAGAAAUCAUCACCUAUAAACUGACAUUAAACAAUUUCGUUCUUAAUUUCAUACCAGAUUUGAAGAUAAUAGUGUAUAUUAUUCUAAGGGUGUAAUUACUUUGUACAUAUGAGAAAAACUAUAUAAGAUGCUAUAUGUAAACUUUUUAAUUUUUAUAACAUUUCAAAUUUUAUUUGUUAUACGGUGAGUGAGCAUUUUUUAUACUUUCGAAUAUCUCAAUUUGUUUUUUUUUUAAAUUGUUUUCUAGGUACAUACAUGCAAUAUUCUUUUGCAAUAUCUGACAAAUCUUUUUGUUUACUUUUUUGUAUAGAUUUAACAGCGAAAUUUAUGUUUUAGUUUUUUUCUGCUGUGUAUAUAUUGAAUCAAAAAUUCGAUACUGAUUUUUGUCAAAUUCACAACAUUCAUUUAUUCUGGAUAGUAGCUUAUGGCCUGAUUUUUCUGGUGUGUAUGGAAAACGUAUAAAAAAUAUAAUCCUUAUAAAAUUAUACCCCAUAUUUUAGUCGUUUUUUUUCAUAAUAGUCAUUCCAUAAACUCGUUUUGUAAACUGCAUUCAAAGACAGAUUGAAAAUUUGUCAAAAAUGGCAGCAAACCCUUAAAGUUGAAUGUUUGAUGAUUAGGUCAAAUAUCAGACUGUGCUUCGAAUAAUUCACGUGUCCUUGGAUAUGAUUAACAAGUGUGAUUUCUAGUAUCCAUUUACAAUUUAUUGUUGCUCAAUUUUUAAAUUUAGACACAUUCUGACAACCUUCUGGAGUAUUGAAAAAUAAUUAUCCUGAUUUAAGAUGUAUUCCUUGCAGACAGCCGUUUCGCUAAACCAAACAUCAGGAAUAAAUCUACGCAUAAAUGCAUUUUAGAUCAGAAAAAUAUUUAUUUCAAACUCAUCCAGCAUCCAAAUUUUUAACCUAAAGUUAGUUCAGACGUCAAUUAUUCCGCGUCAAAACAAACUUGGCCACAUGAUCGCCGCUUGUAUUCGCUUGCCGCUGCAUGCUCGGACAUUCAUGGGUCGUUGACCAAUAGAAGCGUGCGAAUUUGAACAUAGCGCACUGAUAUUUGUUUUGACAUGGAUUGAAUAAGAUCUGAACAUAUUAACUAGACUAUAUCUUUAUGAUAUUCACUGUUUAGUCUGUAAUUGUACCGUUUUUCUUACAUUGUGGGCAAUUUUGCAAAAACCAGUGCAUAAGCUACUAGCCAACCGAGAACGUUGGUGUUCUACAUUUUAUUUACUAUGAAAAUGAGACAUGUGAUAUUUUAUACUAUUUAAUAUAAACAUUACUUUUGGCUUCCCCCUCAGGAGUACGCAUUUAAAUGUGUUUUUGUUGUUGUUGGCAACGCGAUUUCUCGAUAUGAAGGUGCGUCAGUUUUUUAAGAUCUUUCCUUAAAAAAGUCACAAAAACGUACUCGUAUGAAGGAAGUUUUGUAUUUUUUUUAUUACGUCCUAUGAGUGAUCAUACAACAGAAUCUAUAGAUUCAUGAUCUUUAAUAUCUUACUUUUUUUUUAACUUUACAAGGUGUUUCCUAAUUAACCGACCAUAUUUAAAGGGUGUUUUUUAGGUCCAUUUUAAGAAUAAAACUUCAUAUGAAUGUAUGUUCUAAACGUGAGAUACAGAGUGGUAAAGUUUUCAAUAUACAGUGUGUCCCAACCGUGCCAGGAUGAAGUGUUGUUCCUCAACAAAAACUAUUCAAAGAAAACUAUUUAUCCAUUAUGUAUGGCCUCUGGGGGCAUAUACGCAAAAUAUUCUCAAUUAUAGAGGGUGUCCCAAUUAACAAAAUUGAUUUUUUUAAAUGUCAUGCCACCCUUUUUAUUAGAUAUUCGGAUAGACCUUUGCAAAAGUAGGAUAUUGAUAUACUUAUGGUUUUUGAUAAUUAGUUGUUGAGCUAAUUGAUGAUAUUUUUAGAAUUUUAUGAAUGAUCAAUACAGAGUAGUCAAGCACGCAAAAUCUACUUCGCAAAAAAAUAAAUGUAUAUUUUUUCAUCACCGAUUCCCCAUUUUCUCGAGCUUUCUUUAAUAUGAGGUUGUUGCCAAUUUGUUCAAACAGUUUCUGCAUUACAGCUAUUUGUUUAAAAAAAUUGGAUAUUUCUCUAUUCAAGCAACUCACAUCAUCCAUGGAAACAAAAAACAAGUAGAUGAUAAUCUGUCAAUAAAUCAGGCUUUCAUCAAGAAAACAAGUGUUUUUGUCUUGUAAUUAUUCAUUAUUACAAAUUCAUAUUGUAGUGUAAAGUUAAUGUUUUAAGAUGUCUGAAAAUGACGCCCAUAAGUAACAUUGUUCAAAAAAGACCUCUUGAUGUUGAUCACGCAAUCGAAGUUUUCGAUCGACUGUUUGUUUCACACUUUCUAGCGUGUGUCACUGAUAUUUAGAAACGCUUCUUGUAUUCUCUGCUACAUAUCCUCUAAAUUCGAAGUUUCUGAUUGUGUGUUGAACAUCAACAUUUUUGAACAUUUUCUGUAGUUAAGUAAAAUAAUUCAAAUUUUAGUUAUGCUUACUUGUAGGUGUGUCAUUUUCAGACAUCUCAAAAAAUUAAUGAUAUAUCAUCAUAACAAUCUGUAAUAAAGAGUUAUAACAAAAAGGCAUUGAAUUACUUGGUCUCUUGACGAAAGCCUAUUUUUAUAGACAUAUUACCUGUUUUAUGUUUCCAUGGAUGAUGUGACUUCUUUUUGAUAAUAUUGAAACAAAUAGCUAUAACGCAGAAACCGAACAAUGUGGAAAUAACUAUAUAUUAAGGAAAACCUCAUGAAAAUAGAUAUAAUUAAAAAAACUUGAAAAAUGGAUGACAAAGGUAUAAAAUAUUCUUGACACAAAAUUCAUUACUCCAACCAAACCAAUAAAUUUAAUACGUUAUACCAAUCGGUUGGGACACCCUGUAGUGCAUGCCACUGACCUGUCUUAAACAAAAUUGAAAUCCGUGUUCAUUUAUGAGCAGAUUUGAUUGAAUUUUUUAGUCCGACGCACACUAAAAAAUUAAAGCUGUUUAUGCGUGGUGAUAUUGUCAUAUUAACGGUAUUGUUAUGAUUAUACAGAGGAACGGUUUUUAUUUUUUAAGAGCAUUGUUAUAAUCAAACAACCGAAUUUGCUUAGAAAAGAUUGGUAAUUGCAAAAAUGAUUAUUAUUUUAAGAGUUAUGAGUGACGUAUUCUCAAUAUUUACAAAAACUGCCAAGUGAAAUUCCGUACGAAGGCCACUGAUGGAAAUAACUAAAGAAUAAGCACAUAUAAAAUGCCUCUUUAUAUAUAGUACAUCUAUGCAAAAUUUGAUCAAAAUAGACGAAGUGAUAUUUACAGCUAUUAAUAAUGAAUCAUUAAUUUUUUAAAACUAUACCACCCUGUAUCUCAAAAGUUAAGACUCUUAGGACAUACGUUUCUUUCCACAAUGGACCCGAAAUCGCCUCCUUAAGUUCAAUUAUGUAUUUUUUUCUCUAUAAUAGUUGCAAUUGUAAAUUUUGAUGGAUCCUCGAAUCUUGUAUAGUUUCACUGCCAAAAUUUAUUAGGUACAAACAAUUCUAAUUAUUUUGACUAAACCUUGACAAGCUUAUAUUGAAAAAUUCGUGGCUACCAGAUUCAUUUAAUAAAUUUUAACUGCACUACCCUGCCAGAAUCGGUUACCAUGUUCAGAUUAUAAGAAAAUUUGUGGUAUUUUACAUAAACAGUUUUCACGCAUUAAAUCAAUGAUUGUGUGGAUGCUCCAGAGAAAAACCCCAAAACCAUGUAAACGUUUGCCCGGCUCAACCUCAAGAACAGAUCAACUGCGCUCAAGGAUAGACUGAAAAUUAUGUCAGGCAUGAGUGACAACCGUUGAAAUGAAAUGCUCCGCUAUGUCAAGUGUCAGACUUGAAAGAGUUUUUGCAUUUUGUAGCACCCCCUUCUAUACAAUCUAUGUUCCUGCAUUGCAUACAUUUUUUUUGAAAUUGACACUUCACAUAAUAGGGCAUUUUUUCUUGAGGAUUGUGCUCUGCCUAUCACAAGUAACAACCGACUUUUUCAGGUUAUCCUUGAAUGCAGUUUCUACUUUAAACUGUCAAAUAAAACUUUAAAAAAGUUCAAAUUUAAUGGGUAAAAUGGAGCAAGGUCCUGCUUUUGUUAGUUUAUAUAAAUGAACAAGCAGCGUCUUGCUGACGGUCUCGCUUAAUGAGGAGGUACCACACUGAGUGGCGGCUUUUCUUGGCAGGCUCAGGUCUACUCUAUACCGUUGAACUGGUUCAUGUACGUUAUUAAUAUAUAUAUACAUCAACUUUUUUUUUACAGAAAGACGAAUAAUGUAGGUUUUUCGGCAUAACUUUGAUAUCCCAACCAAAAAAUGCCUGUUGACAAUGGUAAAGUGUGUUUUUGUCAGCAUUAAGUUGGUUGUCGCCAAAGAAACAUUUGAGGGUCAAGCUGUUUAAGGAUAUAUAAAAGACACUUCUACCUUAGUAGCUACUGGGUGCGCCAUUAAUAAACGACGCCGGCUUUAUCUCGGCAACAUCGUUUAGAAAAUUUUAUAAUAAAAGUGGCUAAUAGAAAUUGCUGAAAAUUAUUUUCAACAAAUGUUUUUUUGGCAAACAUGCAUCAUACAUCUAAAUAGCUUCAUUCAUUUUUUCCAAGAUCUGUUAUUAAUUAAUGGUCUUGGCAUCACUUAAAAUGACUUAAUUGUGCAUUUCUAUUAACAGCGGUUCAUUUUUGCCAGAUUAGCUCUUUUUUCAUCCCUUAAGUGGCACUCAAUGUCAAAAUCGUCAUUUUUCUAGUUUCUUCGAAAUCUUAAAUACAAUGGUAAUAUUCGGAAAGUGCAUGAAAAACUUUAUUUCGUUAUCGACAUUAUAAAGUUAUGAGUAAAUAAUAUAGAACCUAUUUAAAAUGUUCAAGGUUUGCUGGACUAAGCAGAGAGUUGAAGCAAUAACAUUUUUUAUCAAAUGGAUUAUUAAAAUUCAUUUUGAUAGAUUAUGUCUUAGAAGUCGUUUUCACGCUUUAACCAUUGCCGGUAGAAAGCAUAAUUUGAACCCAAAACUGUGAAACUAUCUUUUUCGUCUAAUAAAUGUGUAGGAUGGAAAAAGAACUAAACUUAGAAACUUUACCACUUUUAGAAACGCACAAUAAACUCUUUUAAAUGAGAACAAGACCAUGCAGAUGGAUAAAGCCAAUCAGAAGCUAAGCAAGUUUUGUUUGAAGUUACCUUGAACCCUUCCGCCAAAACAAAUCCAUUUGCAAAAAAAUAAUACUAAUAAAAGUAUCGCAAAACACGAAUACUAUCGUCUGAAGCUAUUUUAGAUAUAUUUAAAUUAUGAAUAUUGUAAAAUAAUUUCCAGCAAUUUCUAUUGGCCACGUUUGUUAGAAAAUUUUAAUGGCCCACUCAGUACACUUGAUUCUUGAAGCUUAUCCAACAUUUUAGAAUAAGCAAUACACCUUAAUAGAUAGGUAUUUUUAAUAGAGACUUGAGCUGUCACCUAAGAUUACGCCAAAAAAAAAACACAUCCUCGAACUGAAAUAUUUGUGGCUGGCUAUAGGAAUAGGUAACCGUUGUUUGAUGGAUCUUCAAGAACGAACUUUGGUAUAAAAUAUUCGACCAUAUGGAUUUGUAGGGCGUUAGUGUUAUGGGGUCAUGAGCCUAUAAGGCCUUAGUUGUGAUUAUAUUGCGACAAUAUUAAAAAACGAAUACAAAGGUUCCCAAAAUCGAGUGAUAGUCUUGCCAGCAACUCUUCUUCCAAACAGAACCACAUCGAGCAAAUGUUCAUCUCGAAACUGUGUCCGGAAUCAAAGAAGAGAUUUAGCGUGCCAUAUUCCAUAUAAACCGGACACACGAUCGAAGGUGAAGUCGAGCUCAAAAACGUGACUGCUUAGGUUUUACAAUGAUAGUAUGUUUAAGUUUCUCUUUUUUGGAUAAGUGCAAUGUGUAAAAAUGUCUUUGAGGGUGCCUUUGGGGCGCUAUGUGCAAUGACUACUAGAUGAACUAAAUGAGAUCUGUAUUAUGUCAGUAAAAUUUAAAUUGAAAUGAAACAAAGCAAUUCCUAUAUAGUUGUAUUGCAUCAGAGAGCUAAAAAUAAGCUCUUACUGAUUUCAAAAAAGAGCAAUAUGAAAGACCAGUUUCGAUCAGCUUCUGGAAAACUUGCGAACAUAUAUUUGGCAAAAACGUGACAGAAGUUGAAUACCAAUAUAUAUACCUUUGAUCAUACUUGAAAAGUCAGGGCUUCCACCAUCAUAUUUUAUUAAUAAAUGUGGUUUCAGAACAAGUUACAUACAGUUUGAUAAGAAUAUUGUGGGAAAAAUAUGUCUGCUUACCUGCAACAAAGAAAGAUAAAUCAGUAUAAUUAAAAAUGUACAUUAUAUACAUUCACGGGCAAAUUGUACAUUUUAUAUCGGGUAGAGGUAUGGAACUAAAAUGGCCUUUACCAAAUUAACUGUCCCAUUACCUUCUAGAAUAUUUGGGGUGUAUAUUUGUAAUAAUACGACGAAAAAUAGCUUCUGAAGCUUCUAUUGGCUCUUUACUGGCGUGGACUACUGAUAGCACAUACCGUCACUAAAAUAAUCCAUUGCUGUAGGAUCACACACUCUUGGAGGAAGAUUUCUCAAAAUGCUACAAUGGAUGAAGGGCGCUCUAGACCAAUGAUUAGUGACAUUUUCGCUCCCCAUUUCAAUGGAAUAAACGUGAACAGACCAUGAGCAUAUCAUUUUUUGAAUUCUAAAAUCUAAAGUAUUGGCCUCCAAGAUCGUGUGAUCUCACCCCUAUGGAUCAUUUUUAUCAGGAUAUUUUUGCAUCCACAGUAAUUUACCAGUCAUUGGGAUAUUCCAAAUAUCUGCAUCUAAUGUUCUAAAAUCCUAAUGGUAUAUAAUCCUUAGGGAUCAUUCAAGUAUUACUUGAACACUUAAGGGGGUGGGUUGUCUUCCUCUUGCUUAUUUUUGAUGACACGGGAGAUGGGGGCUCUAGAUGGUGAUUGUCAGCAAUAUUUUUUUUUAUUAGAUUUUCUACAAAAUCUAAUCGAUUUUGAUUUGAACAAAUAUGGCAACCGUGCUUGUCUAAGCUUGAAACCGAAACGCAUCUGCAGGGAUUCCCCAAAUAUGGAUAGGCUUACUCGCUUAGAACCUUAGCUAUAUUUGGGAACUGGCUUGUUUGUUAUUGCCCUAUGACCGUUUUAGGUCUCAUUUGGAUUAACGUGGCGGUGCAAUUACUCUAAACAUUUUUAGAUAUUAAAUGUUAUUCAGAACAUUGCGUGAAAGCCAAUACUUGCUCCAAAUUGUAAAACAUCCCAAAAUGUUUACGUGAGCAUGAGAGGAGAGUAAGAGACUUACUUUUGCUGACAAGUGGGAGGGGGUUAAUAAUUGUAAAAAAUCUGCUUACGUAAUACUUGAGCGGCCCCUUAGCUCUCUUAUGUAGUAUUAUAAUACAGGUUGUUCCAAGAAACAGUAGCAGUAUUCCUGCUUUUGGUCCCGAAGUAACACGAAAAUAUACUAUAAACAUAUGUCCUAAAAUCUCUCAUUACCGUUCAAAUAAGGCUACGGUGACAUGGAUUAUCUCUUAAAAGAAGAAAGGAUUGAAGUUUUUUAUAAGGAUUUCUCGAGUAUUUAAGAAAUAUUAUAGGUUCCCCAAGAGAGACGAUCAUGUAAAAUGAAAUACCUUACUUAUAAAUCCAGAAGAUGUUUAAAAAAAGUCAGUCUGCGCCAAUGGUUCAGUCUGAGCCGUGAACAUUUUUUUCUGUAUUGGCCUUAGAGUUACCACAUGAACAAAGUUUAAAGUCGAACACCUUAAUCUACUCCUAAGACAUAAUUUCACUCAAUUAACUUAAUCCAAUUUUCUCAUAGCACCUGACUACAAAGUUAUACUCAACAUUGGUCAGACUCUUUUAUAAAUUUUGAUUCAUUUGUUACUUUUUUCGACUUUAAGUGUUUAUAAAUUUGAGUGACUAUUGUGUAAUUGAAAUAUUGACAUUUGGACUAUUGUGACAUGUUUGGAAUUAUUGUAUGUCUGGAUCCUCAUGUAAGUUGACAAGCUUCAUCCUGACUUCGCCGAGGUAAAAAUGAAAGCCAUUUAUUAUUAUAAUUUCGGAAUUAUAACUUUGACACCCUGUACCUCGAUAAGGAAGCAUUCAAGAACCCAUGUUAUUGUAAUAUAUAAUAUUGCCACUGUUUUCUGAAUCACCCUGUAUAGCUCUCGUAUUUUUUUUUUUUCGAUGCUCAGAAGAGUCAAACAAAAACAUACCAAAGUUCAGCUGAAAAACUUUUUUAUAUUCUAAAUCAAUAUUGCAAUUUUUAUCGUUUCUUAUAAAUCUAGUUUCAAAUUGUAUUUCAAUUAUAGCUUUUCCUCAAAAAAUUAAUUCUCAAAAUAUCCCUGACAGACCGCUUGCCAAGGCAAUGUCCAAUAGCAGUCAUUUCCCAAAGCGCUCAUCUGCCACCCCCAUUUUUGUUAGAGCAUUCAAGGGUUGCAAUUAUUGGCAUUCGGAAGUCAAUUUUUCCGAAACGCCUUUGUGACAACAAAAUACAAGUGGGCAGACGUCAUUUAAAAUGCCGUCGGUUUGCUGUGUACCGAAACAUAGAAUAAAAUGAUUAUACAUAUAUAAAUAAAUUUAGAAAUUAAUAUUUAGAUGUUAAUAAUGUCUUUGUAAGUAGCAAUCUGUUCGUAAUACCGUAUAGGUUAGGUUUAUUCAAUAAAAAAAAUCUCAGACAUAAAUAUGUGUGUCUUAUUUCUGCAUAGGCCUAUCUUUGGUUUGGAUGAAAAUGCGUUUCCCGAGCAAGUUAAGCUUGUAGCUUCUGAGUCAUCUCUCUCUGACC